AUGGGAAAGGAAAAAACUCACAUUAACUUAGUCGUCAUAGGGCAUGUCGAUAGUGGUAAAUCCACAACUACUGGUCACAUUAUUUACAAAUUAGGAGGUAUUGAUAGAAGAACUAUUGAAAAGUUCGAAAAAGAAUCAGCUGAAAUGGGAAAGGGUAGUUUCAAAUAUGCAUGGGUUUUAGAUAAACUUAAAGCCGAAAGAGAAAGAGGUAUCACCAUUGAUAUUGCUUUAUGGAAAUUUGAAACCCCAAGAUAUUUCUUUACAGUUAUUGAUGCACCAGGUCACAAAGAUUUUAUUAAAAAUAUGAUUACUGGUACUUCCCAAGCUGAUGUUGCAUUAUUGGUUGUUCCAGCUGAAGUUGGUGGUUUCGAAGGUGCUUUCUCCAAAGAAGGUCAAACUAAAGAACACGCUUUAUUAGCCUUUACUUUAGGAGUUAAACAAAUUGUUGUUGGUGUUAACAAGAUGGAUACAGUUAAAUAUUCAGAAGAUCGUUAUGAAGAAAUCAAGAAAGAAGUUAAGGAUUACUUAAAGAAAGUAGGAUAUCAAGCCGAUAAAGUUGACUUUAUCCCAAUAUCCGGUUUCGAAGGUGAUAACUUAAUUGAAAAAUCAGAUAAAACCCCAUGGUAUAAGGGAAGAACCCUUAUUGAAGCCUUGGAUACUAUGGAACCACCAAAGAGGCCUUAUGACAAACCAUUAAGAAUUCCAUUACAAGGUGUAUACAAAAUUGGUGGUAUUGGUACUGUCCCUGUAGGUCGUGUUGAAACUGGUAUUUUAAAAGCAGGUAUGGUAUUAAACUUUGCUCCAUCUGCAGUUGUUUCGGAAUGUAAAUCAGUUGAAAUGCACAAAGAAGUUUUAGAAGAAGCCAGACCAGGAGAUAACAUUGGAUUUAACGUUAAAAACGUAUCAGUCAAAGAAAUUAAAAGAGGAUAUGUUGCUUCAGAUACUAAGAAUGAACCAGCUAAGGGAUGUUCUAAAUUUACAGCACAAGUUAUUAUCUUAAAUCACCCUGGUGAAAUCAAAAACGGUUAUACUCCAGUUUUAGAUUGUCACACAUCUCACAUUUCUUGUAAAUUUUUAAAUAUCGACUCUAAAAUCGAUAAACGUUCAGGAAAAGUUGUCGAAGAAAAUCCAAAAGCCAUUAAAUCAGGUGAUUCAGCUUUAGUUACUUUAGAGCCAAAGAAACCUAUGGUUGUUGAAACUUUCACUGAAUACCCACCAUUAGGAAGAUUUGCCAUCAGAGAUAUGAGACAAACUAUUGCUGUCGGUAUUAUCAAAUCAGUUGAAAAGAAAGAACCAGGAGCAGUCUCAGCCAAAGCACCAGCAAAGAAAUAA